AUGGCAACUAGGAAAUGCGGCAAAUCGAAGAAGGCAAUUGAAGAAUCUCAGAGAACAAGCCAAAUGGAUUGGGAGAGAGAUCAUGGCAAGGACUUACAUAUCAACUUGGAAAGGCAACAAUGGAAGCCAGUUUUUGAUGAAGCUUCCUUGUCAAAUAGGCCUCUCAAGAAGAUUAAGAGUCCUGAACGCCAAGACUCAUUUCAAUCCUCUGUUUCUUUCUCUCUCCAAACACCUCCUUCUCUCUCUCUUCCCUCUUCUGUUCCUUACAGUUCUAACAUACCUCUACCUUUCACUCCUCCAUCUUCAUCGACCUCGUCUUCUUCAAGGCAUGUUUUUCCUUUUGCCUUUGACGGGUCUCAACCAUCCAUGGAAAAUUUACACCAAUUCGGAACAAACACAAUUCCUCUGUUUCCUCCACCACAGCAAAGUCAGCAACAACCUAUAAUAUCUUUUGCACCCCACCACCAAAACCACCAACACGGUGGUUUCGCGGGACCACCGUACUUUGCCGGCCACUUGGCACCGUCGCAGCAUCAACAGCAACAACUAUUUCAGUACUGGAGCUAUGCAUUGAAUUUAAGUCCAACAGAAAGGAUGAUGAUGAUGAACAGGUUGGGACAGGACAGUAGAGGGUGGUUGAGGCCUCCAGCGACGCCUGUCUCCGCCACGAAGCUCUACCGAGGAGUGAGGCAAAGGCAUUGGGGAAAAUGGGUGGCUGAGAUUCGUCUUCCUCGAAACCGGACCCGCCUCUGGCUCGGCACUUUUGACACUGCCGAGGAUGCUGCAUUAGCAUAUGAUCGCGAGGCCUUUAAGUUGAGAGGAGAGAAUGCUCGCCUCAAUUUCCCUGAACUCUUCCUCGGUAAAGACACCGCAGCUUCCACAGCACCUGGUUCAUCGUCGUCAUCUCCGAUUACGUCCCAUAAAAGUUUGGUAUCAAAACAGUCUGAAAGAAGUUUAAAAGGGCUUAAAUUGGAGGUAUCCAAUGGGGUUUUGCCACCACCAUUGGAGUCACAAGCUCAAGGUGAAAACCCUGAAGACGAUUCGGGAUUGGGUUCAAGUGAAGUUACGGUUGGUGAUGAAGUUCAAGGGAAUUUGGAGAGUUGUGGUGUAAUGGAAGGUGUAUCAGAGUCAUCAGAAUUGGUUUGGGGUGGGAUGGGUGAGGCUUGGUUCAAUGCGAUUCCAGCUGGUUGGGGUCCAGGUAGUCCUGUUUGGGAUGAUUUGGACACCAACAAUAAUCUUAUGUUGCCUUCAAAUCUUCCUUUUGGCAAUGAUUAUCAGCAGGAGUUUCAGAGUUCUGAGCCUCAGAAACAGCUAGACAAUCUUGGUUCAGCUUCAUCGUUUUGUCCCAUGAAGCCCUUCUUUUGGAAGGAUCAAGAUUAA